ACACAUUCUCUCCCAAAUUCCCAACACUUCUUUGCAAGUUGCAACUAUAAAUUCUCAUACAUUCUCUCCCAAAUUCUCAACAUCUCUUUGCAAAUUGCAACUCAUACAAUCACAAGUUAGAGUGACAUUAUACCUCUAUCAAAAUAUACAAUAGCAUACACACAAAAACUAAACAUGUCUUUGGAAAAUAAGAAUCACCAACUUUUGUCAAAGAUUGCUACCAACGAUAAACAUGGUGAAAAUUCUCCUUAUUUUGAUGGGUGGAAGGCUUAUGAAUCAAACCCAUUUCACCCCACAAAAAAUCCUCAGGGUGUUAUCCAAAUGGGCCUUGCUGAAAAUCAGCUUUGCUUUGAUCUUAUUGAAGAGUGGAUAAGGAAUAAUCCAAAGGCCUCAAUUUGCACUCCAGAAGGAGUGAAUGAAUUCAGACAUAUUGCAAACUUUCAAGACUAUCAUGGAUUACCAGAAUUCAGAAAUGCUGUGGCAAAUUUCAUGUCAAAAGUGAGAGGUGGUAGGGUAAGAUUUGAUCCUGACCGUAUAUUGAUGAGUGGUGGAGCAACAGGAGCAAAUGAGUUAAUCAUGUUUUGUUUGGCUGAUCCUGGUGAUGCUUUUUUGGUUCCUAGCCCUUAUUAUCCAGCAUUUGUCCGUGACUUAUGUUGGAGAACCGGUGUGCAACUAAUUCCUGUCCAAUGUCAUAGCUCAAACAAUUUCAAGAUAACAAGAGAAGCACUUGAAGAAGCUCAUAAAAAAGCACAAGAAGAAAACAUCAAUGUAAAAGGGUUAAUCAUAACAAAUCCAUCAAAUCCUUUAGGAACAACAUUAGAAAAAGAUACACUAAAGAGCAUAGUGAGUUUCAUCAAUGAAAACAACAUCCAUUUGGUAUGUGAUGAAAUUUAUUCGGGGACCGUUUUCAACACACCAACGUACGUAAGUGUCGCGGAAGUUAUCCAAGAAAUGGAAGAAUGCAAGAAAGAUCUCAUUCACAUUAUCUAUAGUUUAUCAAAAGACAUGGGUCUUCCGGGUUUUAGAGUUGGUUUGGUUUAUUCGUACAACGAUGAAGUUGUGAACUGCGGUAGAAAAAUGUCGAGCUUUGGAUUAGUCUCAUCGCAGACACAACAUUUUCUAGCCGCAAUGCUUUCGGAUGACAUAUUUGUGGAUAAAUUUUUGGAAGAGAGUUCAAGAAGAUUACGAGAGCGACGUGAAUUUUUUACAAAGGGACUUGAGAAAGUCAACAUUACUUGCUUACCAAGUAAUGCAGGACUAUUCUUUUGGAUGAAUUUGAGGGGUUUGUUGAAAGAGAAAACAUUUGAAGGUGAAAUGAAACUUUGGCGUUUGAUUAUCAAUGAAGUAAAGCUUAAUGUUUCGCCGGGUUCGGCUUUUAAUUGCUCUGAGCCUGGUUGGUAUAGAGUUUGUUUUGCUAACAUGGAUCAUGAAACAGUUGAGAUUGCAUUGAGGAGAAUUAGAGCAUUUGUUAAUGGAAGAGAAAAAGGGAAAACAGUUGAAAUCAAACGUUGGAAGAGUAAUCUUAGACUUAGCUUUUCUUCAAGAAGGUUUGAUGAGAAUGUUAUGUCUCCUCACAUGAUGUCUCCUCAUUCACCAAUGCCUCAUUCACCACUUGUUCGAGCUACUUAAUUGGAUCUGAUUUUUUAUCACCAUAUAAUAAAUCACACAUAUCUAUAGUGUCUUACUUUAAGUGUUAAUUAAUUUAUGCA